CUCUUCGAGUCAGGGAGGUUGAGUUUUCUGCAGAAACAAAACAAAAACAAAAGAGAAGAGGAGAGGAGAGAGAGAGAAGAAUGGGGAUCAGAUUCAUAUUGAUGGUGAACAAACAAGGGCAGACCCGUCUUGCCCAAUACUACGAAUAUCUCACCCUCGAAGAAAGGCGAGCUCUUGAAGCUGAAAUCGUCCGCAAAUGCCUCGCCCGCAACGAGCAACAGUGUUCAUUUGUCGAGCACCGGAAUUACAAAAUUGUUUACAGGCGCUAUGCUUCACUGUUUUUCCUGGUUGGAGUAGACAAUGAUGAAAAUGAGCUUGCAAUUUUGGAAUUCAUACAUCUGUUAGUUGAAACCAUGGACCGCCAUUUUGGCAAUGUGUGUGAACUAGACAUCAUGUUCCAUUUGGAGAAAGCGCAUUUCAUGUUGGAGGAAAUGGUCAUGAAUGGGUGUAUCGUCGAGACAAGCAAGACUAACAUCCUGGCACCGAUACAGCUGAUGGACAAGACCUAUUGAAAAGAUGCCAAAUUAAGUGCUAGACUGCCUAGGGUUGUAUCGAGCUUCUUGGCGGCCAGGCUUACAUUCACUCAUGUUCCCUGUUCUGUUGUACAAUAACUGGAAAGAGAAUUGAAGUCGGUCAUAAAGUAUGGUGGUUUAUUUUAUCGCAUGACAGCAUUUUGGUUUGUACUAGGGGACUCUUAUCAUAGCAGUCAUGCAUGAAUCUACAGCCUUGUAUUUUGCGCACACUUA